AUGUCUUCAACAUCUACCAGCUCGACUUCAGAAUACGUUUUGAUUCCACGAGAACCAAAGACAGAUCCUCAGAAAGUCUUUCAUUAUACUGAUCUUCAAAGAAGCAAGCCUACAAGAGUCAAUGAUCCGUAUGAGUAUCUCCAGGGAUUCGGGAAUCGUCAUCAAUCGGAAGUCAUCCCUGGGACUUUGCCAGCUGGACAGAAUAAUCCACAGGAGAAUCGAUAUGGCUUGUAUACAGAGGGAAUCACAUAUUCCGCUUUUGCGGCGCCAAGACAUCAGAAUAUGAGUACUUAUAUGUACCGCUGUAGACCAGCCGCUGCUCACAAUGGCUACAAAGAAGUCCCCACAACCGCCAACAUCGAAAACUGUUUCCUCUCCCUAAACCCCAAAGUAGCACUCCUCCCCGAACAAGCAGAAUGGACACCCUUCCCAUUCCCCUCCCAACCCACCGAUUUCAUAGACGGCCUGCACACCCUCGGCGGCUCCGGCGACCCCAACCUCCGCGAAGGCGUUGCGCUGUACGUCUACCUAAUCAACAAAUCCAUGACCGCGCGCUCCUUCUGCAAUUCCGACGGCGACUUCCUUCUGUGCGCUCAACACGGCAAUCUAGAUAUCCAGACCGAAUUCGGGCGACUGUUCCUGCAGCCCGGAGAGAUCUUCGUCGUGCAAAGAGGCGUGAGGUUUAGUAUAAACCUGCCUGAGGGGGUUAGUGAAGCGAGAGGAUAUGUGACGGAGGUCUGGGGCUCGACGUGGGAGUUACCGGAUCUAGGACCUAUCGGCGGCCAUGGCCUAGCGAACCCGCGCGAUUUCCUAUAUCCCAUCGCGGCGAUCGACGAGGAUCUACACGUGGACUUCGAAGUCGUGAAUAAAAUGAACGGAAAAUAUUUCGCCAUCACGCAGGACCACAGUCCAUACGACCUAGUAGCUUGGCACGGGAACGUCGUGCCUUACAAAUACGACCUCACAAAAUUCUCCUCCCAAAACAGCACCUCGAUCGAUCACACCGAUCCCUCCAUCAACACCGUCCUCACCGCGCCAUCCUCCAACCCCGCCGUCCCCCUCGCGGAUUUCCUCUGGUUCGGGCCCCGCUGGGACGUCGCUUCCAACACCUUCCGUCUCCCUUAUUUCCAUCGCAACUCGGCGAGCGAGUUCCUGGCGAGUUUGUAUGGGAAUGGACUAGGUAGAUCCGAUGAUUUUAAACCGGGGGGCGGCAGUUUCGAGGGCGGACAUACGCCGCAUGGAGGGUGUAGUGAUGGGUAUGUGGAUGAGAUGAGGACGCAGACGAAUUUGCCGAGGAGGAUUUUGGAGGAACAAAUGACCAUCAUGGUCGAAUCCUCGCGCACAUUCCUCUGGACCGAGUAUGCGAGGACGGGAUGUGGAUGUCUCAGUCAGCAGAGUACGGAUCCGAAGGUUUGGGAUAAGUUGCCUGAUAAAUUUUCCGCCUACCCCGGUAUCAAAGACCUCUUGCAGCGCGUGAAAGACGAUAAAGCGGAGGAGAAACGGAGGACGGAAUUUUAUCAUGAUGCUAGUGUUGGGAGGUUGAGUUCUUAG